GUAUUCAAAUGCUUCUGCACAUGACCAAACCACGCGCCCGGCAUAAUUUUUGAGUUUUACAUGUGUUGUUUUUUGCCAAAUAAUUGAGCAAAGGCAUCACGUUGAAUUUUUGUAUAAGUGCAUGGCCAAGGAAAUUAGUCAUGGAGUUAGAUCCAUCAAAUGAUGAAUUUCUUAAAGCAGGCAUCAUGAAAAUAGAACAUUGCCUGUCUUACAUGCAAAGUUACUGGAAAGGAUACUCAGCAUCAGCUGCAAGGAGAAAAAAGGAAUGGAUCGAGUUGCUGAAUGAUUUGGAGCGAUUACCUUUCAAGUUCAGAAUUAAUGAACUACGCAAAGAAAUAAAAAUUAUGUGGGACAAAUGUUAUAAAAGUGAGCAAGAGAGGAAGUUAUUUACAGAAUUUUAUACAGAUAAUUAUUCUGAAAGUUUACUCAUGAAACAUGGAGAAGAGCUGGAAAAACUCAAUGUCUUUUACCUUCAGCACCAGGAACUGAUAGACCUUUUACUAAAGUAUGAAGAAAUGUGUAAAUGUGUAACAAAUAUACAGAAGCAGACCCAAAACCCUGAAAGGUUAUUUAAAAAUCGGGGGGCUCAAUUACUAAAAGAAGAGCAUGAUAGAAAAAUGAUAGCUAGAAUUCCACAUAUGCAAAACAUUAUCUUGAAAGCUAUCAGGAAAAAAGAAUCAGAAGGAAUAAUAUUUCUAAUUUAUGGUCAGCACUUCUCUGAUGUAAUAAAGCAACACAACACAAAAAUAGAGGAGAAAAAGGCUGUUAAAAGAUUAUCGGUGAGAAGUGCAUCUCUUAGGGGCUCAGUGCUGAAACGAUGUCGAACAAUGGAUAAUAUCAGAAUUUCUGAUUGCUUGCCAAGGAAAAGUAAUCAUAGAUCAGUGCAACAUGCAGAAAUGAAAUGACAGAUGCAAAUAAGAGCAAUAAUUUUUUUGUAAUAAAACUUUUUAAAAUAACGUAUGUUAUGGCAAAAAAAUAGUUUUGUCAAAAUGUUGCCCACUAUAAAAAAAUGUUUAUAAGAUUUUAAGAUGAUUUCUGAUCUCUUAUUAUUUAUGUUUUGUAAUUUUUUUUUUUGUGUGUAAAAAAAUUUCUGUUAAAAGACAUGCUUCAGUGCUGUCAAAUUAUUUCAAUUUCAUAAAUAAUUAUUGUUAAAAGAAUAUUACAUUUACGAGAGGUACCUGAGAAUUUGUUAUGAAUUUGUAAGGUGAUGAUUUGGAAUGGCAAUAUUUGUGACAAACUACAUGAAUCGAAGUAAAUUUUAGUGUUUGGCAAAAUUUCUUACAAAGUUAACUCCAAAUAUUUCAGGGAAUGUUUUCUUUUAAUCUCUUGUCUUCUUUUAUUUUAUGAUCGUUCACUGCUCAUUCAUUUCAUGUAAUUUGUAUUUGAAGUGUCAUAUUCCAUUUGUAAAAAUUUUACAAAAGAAAACAAAAAUCCUUCCACACUGUCUUUGAACUGAAAGCCCUUCUUGAGGGGACUCCUUAACAUAACAAAAAUUGAAAAGUUUACUUUGGUAAAUAAGAAAAUGUAGAUGUAAUAAAAAAAAUAACUCAUUGAAUUGUACCAAAGCACAUCACUUAUUGCCAGGUGAAGUGAUGAUUGUAGUGAGUGAAUAUUUCGCACAUCCCCAUCUCAUUUAUUAGUUAUUUCCGUCAUGUGUUUGCCUUCUAAUUACUUUCAGGUCAAUUUAUGUUCUUGAAUCUUUUUUCGUAUUUUCUCGAUGGAUAUUUGUCGGAUUUACUUUCAUGAAAAUUUUUGAGAAGUUCCUUAAAUCAGAGUGAAGAGUUGCAGAAAUAAUAAAUGAACAAUGUGCAUCACAUUGUUAAUCAGUUCCUGUGCACAGUAUUUUGGUAUCUAUGACUUGCAUUAGGUAAUAUCUAACAGGUGGUGGAGUAAUAAGACUGAAAAUAUAUUCAAUGGUUUUACAUUGACUGAAAGUAUUUCAAUCCUUAUCAGUUUUACCAUGCAAUGAAGUUCAUAAAAAUGUUUUUAUGAAGUGUGAAAUGAUAUUAUUUUAACAAUCCUUGCUCAUUCAUAAGUAGAACAGAGUAGCGGCAAUAUCAAUAUUUUUGUAUUGUGUGUCAUCAUAUUUUUUUGUUAAGCAAAGUUUUGACUCUGUGUGACUUCUCUUCUUGUAUUGUAUGGUCUGCAGAGGAAUAUUUAGAUAGAAUAGAUUUGUCUCCCUAUUUGUUGCAUUUUUAAUCUUUUACUUACAAAUUCAUUUUUAUUGAUUUUUUUUUUUCAUUUCAUUCUAUUUGUUUUAGUUGUGAUUCAAAAGUGUUUAGAGGAAUUAAAAUGUUUUCAAGAUAUUUCUAGUUUGUUUUUAAUCCUUGUAUAUCCUU